AUGGUGAUUAAUCUUCUUGUCAGACCCGAGCAAGUUUUCCGGCCCCGGGAUGUCGAAGCCGAACGGGCGGAGUUGAUAAAGAUGAUGAAGCUCGAAUACUGCUCUGACGCGAACACCCAGGCCAGUACUGACGACCAGAGUCAGUCGCCUGGACGCGAGACCCCCACUACCGACAAUGACUUUUCGGAGACUCCUACUGACAUUCAAACCAGCGAUAUAAACACUCCCGGACCCGCGGAUUCCGAGCCGUCCGCCUCCGAACCACUUGCCGUUGGAUCGUCAGUCAGUCCGUCCGAUCAGAUCCCCGAUCGCGGCCCCGACACCGAACAGCUGGAGGAACAGGUCAGGUCUCCGGCAGGGGCCGCCGAUGAAGCCCUUAAGCCCGAGGGUCAGGACUGCGACACGGAGACGGGGUCGCCUGACGCAGUAACUCAUGCUGCGGCUGACAGUUCUGCGCUUGACAGCCCUGUGGCUGACGGCUCUGCGCUUGCCAGCCAUGUGGCUGACGGCUCUGCGCUUGCCAGCCAUGUGGCUGACGGCUCUGCGGUUGCCAGCCAUGUGGCUGACGGCUCUGCGCUUGACAGCCCUGGGGCUGCACCCCGUGACGAAAUCCAGACGCCAGACCGAGAGGCGGCUUCUGGGUCUCCCGAAGCCUCGUCCAGCUCACACAUCCAAGCACUCUCAACGGGACUUGACCCGGAGACGACUGCCAUAGGGCCGAUGGAGGCCACUGAUGCGGAGAGCCUGGCCAGAGCGGAGAGCCCGGCUGGAGCGGACAGCCCGGCUGGAGCUGAGAGCCUUGUCAGAACGGAGCAGGUGACCGAACAAACUGCCCCCGCACAAGGAAAGAGCCCAACAAAAGAUCAGAGUUCCGCCGGGGUGGAGAACGCGGCCCAUGCGGAAAGCCCUGCCAGAACAGAGAGCCCUGCGAUAAUGGAGGACGCCACCGGAGAAGACGACCCAGCCCGAGGAGAGACCCCAGCUCGAGCGGUAAGCCCCACCAGAGGGGAGAACCCCGCCAGAGAGGCGACGCCCGCAGGUGUGGAGGACACCGCAGGACCGGAUGCGGAGAGUUCGGUGUCGCCGGAAAAGGAACGACUGGAGGCGGAAGACCGGGAGGCGAAGCACCGGGAGGCGGAAGACCUGAAAGCACAAGACCUUGGAGUGAAGGCACACGCCGCGGAUGUGGCCACCUCUACGGACGCUCCGGACAUCUCUCCUGCUGCCGGCCGGGACGCCUCUCCUGGACCCGGUCGGGACGCCUCUCCCGCUGCCGGCGGAAACACCUCUCCCACUGCCGAUCCGGAUCUCGACCGCUCUGUCACCUCGAGUAGUGAAAAUGAUACUCCGGGUUCCGGUUCGUCUGCGGGUUCGCAGUCGGCGCGAGGGCCGUUGGUGCCUCGGUUAAGGGAGCCGGAGUUUGACGAGGGUGAGUCGGAGGACGCGUACCCGUCGAUUCUGUCGCCGAUUAUGAAGCCUCCGAUGGGCACUCCGGCGAACCUGACACCGCAGUACAGUCCGUCGUUGUGCCAGACUACCACGCCAUUGCCUACCCAGAUCCCGUUCCCGAUCCCGGUUCCGACCCCAACUCAGAUUCCGAUCGGGACCCCGGCCUUGGUGCCGGUUCCGAUCCCAGUUAGUUUGCCGGUAGGAGCGGUGGGUUUGGGCGACGUGGUUGUGAAGACUGCGCGGGUGGGACCGACGGGUGAGCGGUGUGCGGCGUUACGACGCGCGGAAUCAUGUCCGGGUCGGUUCGAGCCUGGACUCGCACCGGAGGACUCUCCGUUCGGAGCGCGGUUGGUGCGGAGUAGUAGCGAGACGCGGCGCUGGAACCCAUUACUGGAGGAGGACCGGACGAGUGAGUGGCGGCGCGAUCGGUUACGGGCAGCCUCUGUACGAAAGAUCGCACCCGUAGACAGUGCGGAAGCUCGCUUCCAACAACAUUUGCAGGAGGUCCAAGCUCGAAUGAAACGUCUCCGCCAAAAACGCGUUCAGGACGAAGGCGAACAACUCAGCAAACUUAUUCUCGAUCGCGAGGCACUCCGCGAUGCCGGGCCCCGCACCUCCCCCAUCAGAGGCAACUCUCGCGUCGCCACCGCAGACGACGCCACCCCUCUCCCUCACCACCAUCCAGACCACGUCUCAGACUCAGGCCCCGACCACCUGGCCGACCACGCGGAUCAGCAUCGGGAGGGGCAAGACCGCAUGGACCAGGACCGGGAGGGGCAAGACAACGACCACCCCCGCCGACACAGCGAUCACCCCCGCCGACACAGCGAUCACCACCCGGAACAGCAGCAGGCGGAACAUGUCUACGCUCGCAGUCCGGUGGUGGCCGUGGCCGGGACGGAUGCCGGGACAACGACAACCGGCGCGUCGACGCCAAGCAACGGAGUGCCAUUCCCGACGCCUUCGCCGACGAAGCAGUCGGGCGGUGCGGUUGGCAGUAAACGCAAACCCAAGACGGUGCUGGUCGCGUCCACAACGGAGACGCCCGAGAUCACGGACUUCCGGAACGUGCUUAAAAAGACCGGCCGCCUUGACAAGGUGCUGCAAUCCACCAGUCCCAAUCGCCCAGUCGUAGCUGCAGGUGAUAAAAGAGUAGAACUCAUCAGACAUCAAAUCGUCAAACCGUCAGAUGUGCGUGCACUCUUUGAAAAGAAGGCGCGCGAAAACGAGGAUGGUGAUGCCAAAGAGUGGUGGCUCAAACAAGUCCACAAAUACAAGCACUAA